AUGACACCUCCCCCCGCCCUUCCCGCCCCUCAGCGCGGAAGCGACGAGCCCGGGUUAAACCGGCUCCGCGACCGCGUUAAGAACCGCGCUGAGGGGAGCAGCCAGGGCCGUGUAGCCCAGGAGCAAGACAGGGCUGCUGGACACCCACCCAACGGCACCUCGGGGAAACCCCAACCACAAACCCUCCGCCAUCCCCCGCAGAGGACGCGGCGGGAAGCGGCGCCGCCCCUCCUGAGGCACCUCCUCCGCCACCCGCCCUUCCCUGCCGUAACGUCCCUGCGCCCGGCCAGCGCCCCGCCCCACACGAUGGCGGCCGCAGGGCCGGCGCGGCUGGUGCGCUGCGGGCAGAAGGACGAGGUGUACCGGGGCGGGCUGCGGAGCGCGGCUGGCACCGCGCUGCACGGCCUGGCGGGUGCCAGGAAGUGGCUGGAAUGGAGGAAAGAGCUGGAACUGCUUUCGGAUGUGGCCUACUUCGUCCUCACCACCUUGUCAGGUUAUCAGACUCUGGGUGAAGAGUAUGUUAACAUUGUGCAAGUUGACUCAACCAAAAAAAGGAUACCAUCUUUUCUUCGACGGGCCAUCUUCAUUUCUCUUCAUACUGUAGUACCCUAUUGCUUAGAAAAGGGAUUACUGCAUCUGGAACAUGAGUUGCAGAUAGAAGCAGAUGAGCUCAGAGCCUCACAGAGCAGCCCAGCACUUGGCUUGUCCAGUAGGACCUUAAUACGAAACUGGAUACAGAAACAAGCUGGGGAGCUUACAGAACAGCAGAAGAAAAGACUCUUACAAAUCGUGUAUCUUCUUAAACAAUGCAUACCUUUGCUUCACCGACUACAUCUGGCAAUAUUCUACAUAAGGGGCACUUUUUAUCACCUGUCUAAAAGAAUCACAGGAAUCACCUAUGUAAGUGGAUUUAUUUCUUGUUACGGGAUCCACUGUAGUAUUUUGGCCUCUUGGGGUGUCAUGUAUGCAAAAAGGAUACAGAAUUUGGCUGUCACUGAUUAUAAUAGGGGCAGACUGGGUGAGGGGGAAACUUAAAAUACUAUGUAGAUGGGUUAUGAGUCCCUGGAGUUGAAAGGUUAUGGCUAAUUAAAGUGAAUGCACCAUCAGAAGCUAAUACCCUGUGUAACUUCAGAAUACUGUCUAGUCCAGUCUGUCUUCUACAAAUAUACAAAAAGUGAGAAGUGGCUUAAUAAAUCCAUGGAAAAUACUUCAGUUUUGAAUGAAAAAUCAGUACAUGUUUAGAUAGCAUUUUUCUAUAUGAAUAGCUUAAUUUCACAUAGUCUUUCAAAUAAACAUCUUUCUAAAAAACAUCAGCCUCUGGCCCAGAAAUGUGUAUAGACACAAGACUCCUCAACAGUUCCCAAGAUCAAGGUGGACAAGAGAUGUCUGAUUAUUUGCUCAGAGCUACAUAGUAAAACCAAACCAAUUAAGGCAGCAGUUCCGAUGGACAGACAUUUCAAGACAACUGAUCCUUGCACCAACAGAAGGUGUAGCCUGACUGAGAGGCGUUCAGGACACAUUAGACCUCCUGAGAGACAGCAGGUUGAUAAGUCCUAGACACGAUCCAGUUUUUUGGACAGAAAUGAGAACCCCAAAUCAAGAGUUUAUUGGGGGGGAGGGGGAGUGGAGGAGGUGAAACAACAGACACAGGACAGGACAGAGCGGGGACAGGGACACAGGGAGCAACAUAGUUUCAUAAAACCCAGUAAUGAAGCAUCUCUGUUUCUAUGAAUUAUAUAGCUGUGUUUUGGAGGACUGCACGGAGAAGAUCAGAGUAUUCGAUCAAGUUACAAGUUUCUUGGAAUAAUUUCACUCUUCCAUCUUCUUCUAACCAUUGGU